AUUAUAACGUAGUACUAGUUUGUGCCUUAUGGAUACUGACAGCAGUUGAAUUUUAGUUUUGUGUAAGUAAUGAGUGUUGGAUCGUUGUCGUGGGAUUAAUUCGUGUUGCCAACGAGACCGAGAAAUAAUAAUAUCCUUUCCGGAGGAAGAGGCUGAUGUUCCGCAAGCGAAAGCAUGUUGUUAAAAAGGCAAGGAAGCCGUAUUUUGAAGGAGAUUAUUCUUCUGAAGAAGUAUUUCAAGGGAUACGAGAAAUAUCCUUAUCCACCUCCGCCCCUUUGCUGGGCUCAUCAUCCUCACUAUCAUCCGCCCUACCCUCCCGGCGCCAUGCCUGAAGUGCCACUCAUCCACAGAGCUCUCGUUGCUGCCCGCGAAGGAGAUCUCCAAGGCCUGCAGCUUCUGAAAAAGAAGCAGGAGCUGCUACAAGGCCUACACGAUGACUUCGGAGCCACCUGUGUCCACUAUGCUGCCCGAGGGGGUCACGUGAAAGUGCUCGAAUUUCUCAUCAAUAAAUGUUCGAUGCGAGCGAAUGUAAGAUCGUUUGUGGGAGCUACCCCGGCCCAUGAUGCAGCCGCAAUGGGUAAACUACCGGCUCUCGUCUGGCUGUUGAGGAAUACGGAUUGUACGUUGUGGGACAGGGACAAAGACGGAGCAACAGUUCUGCACAUCGCUGCAAGGUACGGGCGACGUAGUGUUCUAAAGUGGCUACUUCGGGAGGCGAAGAUGCCAGCCCUGGAGACGACGGCCACAGGAGCUCUGGCACUCCACUAUGCAGCUGCUAAAGGCUGCCUAGACUGCGUCAAACUCCUCGUCGAGUCGUGCCCCGAACUCAGUGCCAACACGCAGAUGGAAAACAGUGUCACUCCGGUAUACUUGGCAGCUCAAGAGGGACACCUGGACGUGCUUAAGUAUCUCGUUCUGGUAGCAGGAGGAUCCCUUUACUUGAGGGCGAAGGACGGAAUGGCCCCCAUCCAUGCCGCGGCUCAGAUGGGAGUUCUCAAAUGCGUCAAAUGGAUGGUGGAGGAACAAGGUAUAGAUCCGAAUCUUCGGGACAACGACGGGGCGACUCCGGUUCACUUCGCAGCCAGUCGUGGUCACCUAGAAACUCUGCGGUGGCUACUGAAGCAUGGAGGACGCAUCCUCUUGGACAAACACGGAAAGAGCCCCCUGAAUGAUGCGGCUGAAAACGAACAUAUGCAGUGUCUGGCCCUGCUCAUAGCUCAUGCAUCGGACCCUCGACACCAGAGUGAGCCCGGUGUGUCUGCAGUGCUGCCCCCUACGGGACCUGCAGCCGCUCGCACCGUGCGCAGGUGCACAUGCAGGACACCCAUGUCUAAUAUGAGACAGUCACAAACACACAGGAGAACGGAUUCUGAUGGUUGUUCAUGCCAGUCUACUGGCUCUGAAGAAAGCUGCAGUUUGACAGACGAUUAUCCAUCGGAUACUACUACUAGCAGUACCCGUUCAUCACUGCAAGGCCCUGGCGGUCGGGGUGCUCCUCAUACUGUUCUGUCUGGAUGGAACUUUUAUAGCUCACAUCAUCCUGCUCGUGCUCCUCACACUAAUGGUCACAGACACCAUUCCCAGGAGAGGGUCUGCAAAGCCAACAACCCCAACCACAAGCGAUGUUCCAGCGGAUCCUCCAAUCAUUCCAAGAGGAUGGAUUCCGGGUACAACGGGGGCACGGGAAGCAUUCACGAAGGAACGACCCGCCCCCAGACGGAUAAUGUGAACGGUUCCCAAGAACCUUUCUUCUUGCAUGAACCCAAUAUGACAUCGGAUGACAGAGUCAAGAAGCUGUUUGACAACAAAACGAAAAAGACCACCAAGGAUGAAGUGGACAUGCCGGAUAGCAAUAUGAACAACAGCAAUGUUAAUAACAAUAAUGGCUCGCAAAUUGUGACCGUCGAAGUCCAUCAUUCGUCAGCCAGUGAGGAUUCCAAUAGCGUAUCUGAUGUGAGCGAUCCUAUUCCCGAUUAUGAUGACCAGGGAAGUCAGUCUAGCAGCACUGGGAACAACAACAAUAAUAACAACACGCACAGUCGUGUGAAGAAGACUAGCCGUGAGGCCAGCAGUCUGAGCACUGACGAAGGCAUUUACCACGAGGGGGAAGAUGAAGAAGAUGACGUAGAGGAAGAGGAGGAUGUCGAUGAUGAGCUAGAUGAGGACGAGAUGCACCGCCUUGUUCCACACCAUCCAGAAGACGAAGAGGACGAUGAGGACGAGCUGCAUGACAAUGAGGUCAGUUUCUCUCCUCACCACCAGGAGGAUCUGGUGGCCAUCCGAAACAAAAGGCCGCCUCCAGAAUUAGAAGGCCCAUUUGGAGGCGGCAAUCCCGUAUUACAAGUGUCUCGGAGAGCAUCCAACCCCAUCGAUGCCACUCAUGACGACAACAAGAAAACGGCGACGGAGAACAAUAACAACACUCUAAAACAGAAUGGUACUCUUAAAAUGGAGAAGUCACCACAAGAAGAAUCACGGAAGAGGAAUGGUCUUAACAGUAACAGCGGAACGCUCACCCGACAGCCAACUGCUCAACCCAGAGGUGAGAGAAAAGUUGUAGAAUCAACGGUUUCUCAACCUCCACCUCCUCCACCUCCCCUGCCAGCGAAAAAAAUUGAAGAACCCAAGCCUGUCGUAAAACCCCCAUCUCCUCCCCCUUUGCCCAAGAACAACCAGCUUAAAUCUGAAGACGAAGUCAACAAAUCCAAAGCUCCUCCUCCUCCACCACCACCAGACUUGCCUCCUCUUAAAGAAAUCAAGGUUCUUCCCAAGUCCGAUGAUUCCAAAUGUCAUCCAGACGACGACAGGUCAUCCCAAAAGUCAGACGAAUCUUCAGUGGAUGGCAGCGAAGGGAAACGUUACGUAAAAGCAACUGCCAGUAGAAAAAAUAGUCAUCAGAGAACACUACCUUUCAUUCCUCCACAGUUUAGCUUUCCUCCAGACACGAACGAAAACAUUCGUCCCUCUGAAUAUCUGCGGCAAGCCAAGAGUUCCUCCAAGAAUUCAACUCUGAAGUCAAAUUCCACACUCCAUCGAGCUGUGUCUUUAGGUGAACUGGCCAUGGCGUCUAAACCAGAAAAGAUAUCUUUUGGCAGUCGAACGGAAAGCCACGAAACGUUACUGGAAAGUGAUUCGAGGUCCCAUUUUGCUCAUAGUAACCAAAAUGAAAUGAAUUUCAGAGAGCAAGAGCAGAAAUCACAUCCACCCUUAACGAACAGCAACAGCAAUAGUAAUACUCCUGUGUUUAAUAUCACCGUAGAGCAGUUGCAAACUGUACAUCUGAAGAAGACGGACAAACCAUCAACGCCAGAGCGGACGGUACUUCUACAAAAAAAUGAUUUGAUUGCCGAGUUGAAGCAGACUAAGGAUAUUCAAGGUGUUCGGAAAAUGAAAGAAGAAAGAAGCAGAAUAGAAGAGGAAAUACAGACUGCAGAUAUUGCUCAAAACUUCAAGGCUGAAAAUUUCGUGGAUCAGAUCCCAGAGGUGGACGCCAACGGCUGCGUAAUCCCUCCGUGGAAAAGACAAAUGCUCGCCAAAAAGGCGGCGGAGAAAGCCAAAAAGGAGGCCGAAGAACAAAGAAUUAGGGAAGCGGAAGCGAAAAAACUGAAUGCUAUUCCUCCUUGGAAAAGACAACUGCUACAGCGAAAAGAACCAACCAGUCCAGUCACGACACAGAGCAUUCAUCGAACUAUGUCCCAGCCUGUGGGCAAAACUAUAGAAAUUCCUCCCCACGCAGAAAGACCUCCAGUAGAGGCUCAGCCCAAAAGCCCAGAACCUCCACGGGAAUCUGCAAACAAACCUUCGGAAACGGAACCCCAGCACGAAGAUACUGACGAUAUUCCUCCAAACCCAUGGCUGCAACAACUAAGGAAAACAAAAAGCGUUUUCCGAUGACCAGUCCAUUAAAAAAAUUAGGCAUUUUCCUUAGAUAAUUUGAACUAUAACUAUGAACUUCAAGUGAGACAUAGUUUUACAGAACUGUGCAAAUGUCUGGAACUUAGCGGUUCCAGAAAUGACGAAUUCCAGUGAUUAAAUGAUUUGUUUUCAAGCGAUAUUUGAGAAAUAAGUUCCAUCACCAUCGGAAACUUCACAUCGGGAUUCCAUUACUGAUUCCUGCAUUCAAAUGGGAUUUAUUCUUGAAAAUGAUCAGUGAAUAUUAGGAUGUCCACAUAUCACUGAAAUGUGUUACACUCUUGAAACCUACAGUCAUAGUCUUAUUAUGAUGCUUAUACUGUAACAGAAACUAUCAAUACUUCACAAAAUAGUUAGCGUUUAAAUAACUUGAAAUUAGGAAAUCACAGACUUUAAAUUAAGAACUGAAUUUAGUAUUUUAUCAUUGCCUUCAAACUAUACAAAUAUGUUCGGCAUAUAAUGCCGUAUAGCACUCACUAAACAUUCCAAGUAUCCGCUUUAGCUUGUAUUAUAUUACAAUCCAUAUCUUGUAUAAUAAUAUAAACUUUUAUUUAUAGAGUUCCUUUGUUUUAAAUGAAUUUAUUUUUGAACUAGAGUUUAAAAAUUACUAUUUUUAGAAGAUUUUUUCUACUCGUAAACGAAAUUUACACCCUAAAACGAAGAAGUUAUAUUCUUGAUACAAACUAAUGUAAUGCAGAAACAAGUAUUGUAUUAUAUUUAAGCACUUACAUUCGGGGCAAGUAUUUUUUUAAUAUUUGAAACAAUACUCGAGCAUUAAAAAUAAGAAAUUAUGUAAAAAGGAAGUGGAAUUAUUGCGUACUUAGAUAAUUUUACUUCUCUGCCCCCCUAUUCAGAGUCAUAACUGUCUAAGUCACCUCCCGAUUGAACUAUUUUUUAUGUUUGGUGAAAGUCCUUUUAUGUUUUAUAGUGAAAUAUAUGCGUGGAAUCGAUGAAAUUCCUUACUUCAUCAUCAUCGAUAUUCACGGAACAGGAUGGACUUUACUGAUUUGCUCAAAGUACUACGAUGAGACUUAUUUUUCUGAGUAUACUGUUAACGAUAAAUCGAUAUAAAAUUUAAUAUAUUGCUAUGGCUGUUUCUAAUUUGGUGAUAUAAGACGGCGAACAAGAUUUUCUUAUCCUCGAGGUUAUCACUCGAAUGUAAAAAUAAAUACUUUUGGUGAAGAGUUUUAUUGUAAGAUAUUUAAAAAUCUAUUGAGGUGUUGGAUCGGGUUCUAAUGUUAGAAAAAUUAACGAUUACUUUUCGCAAGUCCUUGUUCGAUUUUUUUAAAUCUUUUACAGCGAAUUGUGUUAUAUUUUCUAUCAUUUUUUACAUACCUAUAUACAUUCUCAGAAGCUUUAUUUGAAAGCAAAUUGAGCAUAAUUGUUUAUGCAAAUUUGUAUUUUGUAAAUGCAAUAAAUUGCUUGAAAAUA